AUGGAUCCCGGAGUCUUAGCCAAAACAUAUAAAAAGGUCUUUUCAACUUUCUUCCAGCACUUUGAAGGCAACAACUUGUCUCAUGAAUACGGCGGCAACGUUUAUCAACCGAGGGGCAUGGACCUUAAAAUUAACCCUCCAACGCGCAACAUGCCGUCUCAAUAUACACCUGACGGAUCUGUGGCCCCAAAAUUCGAGGAUGUUGUCCGCAAUACUAGCGCCACAACGACAGCGACAAUAACCACCUGGGUUGAAGUGCUCACGAUGAAUCCAGUCGCCUUCUGGCUCGCCACGAGCAUCUUAAUCUGGCUGACCGUGACCAUCAUCAUUAUUGCAUCCGUACAAAGAAAAUACUGCGGCGGCAUGAUGCUGAAUGUGGAAUGCAUUGCUGACGUUCUGGUUCUCAUCGCUGGUAGCGAACGUCUACUCGAAGUAAUCAGAAAACAGGGCAUGGACAACACAAUCAAGGAGAACAAGAUUUUCACGCGAAUUGGCUGGUUUAGAUACCCGGAUGCGAUGAUGCGAUGGCGGAUUGACUUGGUCGAGGAAAGAAAUGUGCAGAUGCAGCCCAUUUGUCUUGGAUCGAGGUAUGUGCCAGUAUCGGACGACGAUAGGGAAGGAAACGUGGAUCGAGUGACUGACUCUAUCUCAGAUACCUGA